CUGGCGCCCGGAGACACUCGCCGCGGAAGCGCCGGCGGCUCCACACGUGUCCGGCUGCCGGGGGCCGGGGUCCCGAGCUCGGUCGCUUCGCAGCGGGGUCUCGGCCACGUGGGAGUGCCCCGGCGACUCUGGACCCUGCCGCACGCCCCGGGCAAGAUGCGAGCCACCCCUCUGGCAGCUCCUUCGGGCGCCCCCUCCAGGAGAAAGCGGUUGGAGUUGGACAAAGACCCAGGCACAGAGAGUCCCACCCGCAAACAAGCUCGAAGGGGGCCCCAGCCCCGGCUGCCUCCCUGCCUGCUGCCUCUGAGCCCACCCCCUGCUCCAGCCCGAGCUCUCGCUGUGACCACUGCCUCCCGGCUUGGGCCCUAUGUCCUCCUGGAGCCUGAGGAAGGCGGCCGGGCCUACUAUGCCCUGCACUGCCCCACUGGCACUGAGUACACCUGCAAGGUGUACCCGGUCCGCGAGGCCACAGCGGUGCUGGAGCCCUACUGGCGGCUGCCCCCUCGAGGACACGUGGCCCGGCCCACCGACGUCCUGGCAGGUCCCCGCCACUUGUACACCUUCUUCCGGCGGCCCCACGGGGACAUGCACAGCCUAGUGCGCCGCCGCCACCGCCUCCCGGAGCCCGAAGCGGCCGCGCUCUUCCGCCAGAUGGCGGCCGCCCUGGCUCACUGUCACCAGCACGGGCUGGUCCUGCGCGAUCUCAAGCUGCGGCGCUUUGUCUUCACCGACCACGAGAGGACAAAGCUGGUGCUGGAGAACCUGGAGGACGCCUGUGUGCUGACCGGACCCGACGACUCCCUAUGGGACAAGCACGCGUGUCCAGCCUACGUGGGACCGGAGAUCCUCAGCUCCAAGGCCUGCUACUCGGGCAAGGCCGCCGACGUGUGGAGCCUGGGCGUGGCGCUCUUCACCAUGCUGGCUGGCCACUACCCCUUCCAGGACUCAGAGCCUGUCCUGCUCUUUGGCAAGAUCCGCCGCGGUGCCUUUGCCCUGCCGCAGGGCCUCUCCGCUGCUGCCCGCUGCCUGGUCCGCUGCCUCCUUCGACGGGAGCCGGCGGAGCGGCUCACAGCCACGGGCAUCCUGCUGCACCCCUGGCUGCGGGAGAACCCGAUCCCCUUAGCUCCAUCCCGAUCCCGCCUCUGGGAGGCUGACCAGGUGGUCCCCGAAGGGCCGGGGUUGGAGGAGGCUGAGGAAGAGGAGGGAGGAGGAGAAGUGGGUCUGUAUGUCUAGGUAGCCUUAGACUCUCAGCCGCAAACAGUGGACCGAGUUUGGAGUGUCUCCAAGGUCUCUCCUGCCUUUUUUGCACUGAGCCAAACCUUAGUGCCUUCUAGAAGAGAGAAGGGAAGAGGCAUGUGUGGACUCUGCUGUACGCACACCUGUGUGGUUCCUCAUACCUGCGCACACAGGCCCGUGCAUUUAACACAUCAUUCUUGGGAGUUCACUGUGUGCCAAACCCUGUUCUAGGUGCUGGGAACACAGCAGUGAACGAAAGGCAAACUCUUGCUCCCAGAGCUCCCCACACUUCUCCACGCCCACAGGUCAGUGUCCACACGGGGCCCUCUCCAUACAGGUGUCAGCACCCACUUGAGCUGGUGCCUAGGCCCUUCUGACCUGGGACAGUCCCUCUCACAAAUUGCAGUGCCAAAGGCUCCAGGCCUCUCCCUCACAACUCAGGACUCCAGACCCAAAGCCAUGGUGGGAUCUGUGCUCCCAGCAGCUCUGCCUUCUCCAUCCAGGCCCGAGCCCAGGAUUCGGGCUGGAGGCUCACUAAUUCAAACUGUGCGGCUGGUCCUCAUCUAACUCAAGGAGUGCUUUGGAAUGAGGGUCCAUGUCUGUCCACCUCUGGCCGAGCACCAGAGUUUGGGGUCGGAGGAGGCAGGGUCUUCCUCCUGGCAAGUCUCAAGCCCUAUUCUGGGUUUUGGAUCAACACUAUGGGUUUUGGAUGCCAUAAGAAUAUAUUUUUACCUUUUGCCUAAUAAAGGAGUUAUGAGAUAUUUUA